AUGAAAGUAGUCGAAACUACCAUUGCCUCAUCGAAUCAACUCGCUGAAGAAUUCGAUGCAAAGGGUGAGCGCAUCUAUGUCAAGAGCGAUGCUGAAAAGAAGCUGGUCCGCAAAUUGGAUUACGUCUAUGUCAUGCCAUUUGUGGCUAUUUUGAACUUCCUUCAGUUCUUUGACAAGAGUACUUUGAACUAUGCUGGUGUGCUGGGUAUUCAAGAAGAUACUAACACCAGUGGCUCCCAGUUCAGUUGGUUGGGCUCGCUCUUUUAUCUUGGCUAUCUUGUUUACCAGGUGCCGAAUCAAUUCCUUCUUCAACGUCUGCCACUCACCAAAUACAUUGGCGGCUUGAUCGUCUUAUGGGGUUUGGUCCUCGCUGUGACCUUUGAGGCAAAGAACUUUCCUCAGUUGGCCGGUCUCCGUUUUCUCUUGGGUUUCUUUGAGGCCGCCAUGUAUCCCUGCUGCAUCAUGCUUAUCAGUACCAUGUACCGUCGUCGUGAACAGGCUUCUCGUCUUGGUGCUGUCUACAUUUGCAACGGUGUCGCAAUGGCAGUGGGUGGUUUUAUCGGUUACGGUGUUGGCCACAUGGAUGGUGCUUUGGGCCAUGCUUCUUGGCAAUGGUUGAUGAUCAUCCUCGGUGUGAUCACCAUCUUCUUUGGUUUCGUAAUCUUUUUCUUCCUCGUCGAUGACCCUCGCUCCAAAUUUUUGCGAUUGACCCCUGAGCAGUUGCAGAUUGUCGACGAGCGUCAGCGCGACAACACGACCGUGCGCACCAAGGAAAUAAAAUGGCAUCACGUUAAGGAAGCAUUAACUGAGCCUCGAUUCUACUGCUUCUGUUUUGCUUCCAUGUUGAUCAACUUCCAGAACGGUGCCUUGAACACGUUCAGCAGUAUCAUUACUGCCGGUUUCGGCUUCAGUGGCGUUGAUGCCAUCUUGCUUUCCGUCCCUUCCGGUGUUGUUGAUAUUAUUUACAUCGUGGUCAUUAUUUGGUACAACAACAAGUAUGGUAACACCCUGUAUUGCGCUUGUGCAAUGCUUGUGUGUGCUAUCAUUGGUCUUGUCUUGCUCAUUGCCAUCCCUGUGCCCAAGGCUAAGCUGCUGGGUCUCUACCUUUGCUGGGCCUAUGCUGCCGCCUAUGUCAUGUUCCUUUCUUCUGUCGCCAACAAUGUGAAUGGCUACACUAAAAAGAUCUUCUACAGCACCAGCAUUAUUGUCUUUUACACAAUCGGUAAUUUCGCAGGUCCUCUCAUGAUGGUCGCUUGGCAAGCUCCAUUAUACCUCGGUGGUAUGUUGGCCUAUAUCGCAUCCAACGCUAUUUGCAUCGUUUUAUUCUUGAUUGCCCGUAUGUCUAUGGCCAGACUCAACAGAGAGCGUAUGGCUCGUGGUAUUACUUCUACGGCAACUGGUGAAAUGCAGGAUCUUACUGAUAAAGAGGAUCCCAACUUCAUUUACAGACUUUAA